AUGCGGCUGCUCUCGCGAGCUCUCCGCGCGGCGCGCGGCUGCCGGGCCGCCGCGCUGGCCCCUCGGAGCCUCCGAGCAGCGCCGGUCGCGGGCAGCCCGGCGAGGACAUGCCCGCUGCAGCCGCGCCGCGGGCUGAGCGCCCGGCCCGGCUUAGACGAGCUGUUCGCCGCCCCCUCCUUACACCGCCUGCUGGAGGCGCGGGCGCAGGGCGGGGGCGGGGCGGGGCCGGAGCUGGCGGCGCGGAUCCAGCGGCUGCGCGACAAGGAGCAGGAGCUGCGCGACACGCGGGAGCUGGCGCGGCAAGAUGAGAGUGAAGAUUUCCAGAAGCUUGCAGAAAGGGAAAUCGCCUCCUGUGAAGAAGAGAUAGCUGAAUUGAAACACCAGAUAGUGUUGCUUUUGAUUCCUUCAGAAGAAACAGACAAGGGUGAUCUUGUCAUGGAAGUAACCGCUGGAGUUGGAGGGCAGGAAGCCAUGCUGUUCACCUCGGAAAUAUUUGAUAUGUAUCAACGAUAUGCUGCCUAUAAAAAGUGGAAAUUUGAAAUAUUAGAAUACUUUCCCAGUGAAAUAGGUGGCCUAAGACAUGCAGUUGCCAGUAUAGCAGGUCUUGAGGCUUACAAGUACAUGAAAUUUGAAGGAGGAGUGCAUCGUGUUCAGCGGGUGCCAAAGACAGAAAAACAAGGACGCAUUCACACCAGCACAAUGACUGUUGCAAUAUUACCCCAACCCACUGAGAUGAGGCUGCAAAUUAAUCCAAAAGAUCUACGGAUAGAAACAAAGCGAGCUAGUGGAGCUGGAGGCCAGCAUGUCAACACCACAGACAGUGCUGUACGGAUAGUUCAUAUUCCAACAGGGAUCAUGUCUGAAUGUCAGCAAGAAAGAUCUCAAAUUAGAAACAAAGAGAAGGCUAUGCAAAUGCUAUGUGCUAAACUAUACAACGCCAAACUGGAAGAAGAAACCAAAAAGAGAAACAGUGUUCGAAAGAUUCAAAUUGGGACUAAAGGAAGAUCAGAGAAGAUCAGAACAUACAACUUUCCACAGGACCGGAUUACUGACCACAGGAUAAGCAGAUCAGUGCAUCAUAUUGAGUGUUUCAUGCUAGGGGAAGAAAUGCUAGAUGAAAUGGUACAAACUCUGAGAGAAUAUGCUGAUUAUGAAACUUUAAUGGAAAUUAUUUCAGAAAAUGAAAAAAAGAAUCUAUCCUGAACGUUGCUUUUUGCCAGCCCAUUACAACAGAUGUAGACAUUUGUCUGCAAUGGAGCUUCUUGGAGCACCACCCAGAAAAUGCAACUGCUUUUCAGAUCAUGAAAGACACCACAACUUGUUUCCUCAUGACUGAUAAACAGUUUUCUUACUUGCUGAGUAAAAGACUUUAUUACCUUCAUAUGAGACGUUAUUGCUGCAGCAGUCCGCUUAAAAAGUAAAUUUGACUGGGCCAGAAGUAACUGCAGUUUUUAACUUUCUCCACUGAGAAGAUACUGAUACACCACUCUUGAAAGGUAUGCAUUAAAAAACGAGCUAUUUCUAGUACCAUUUUUCAUUUAAACAAUAAUUUAAACAUCAGUACAGUGUCAAAUAGCUUACUCGAGAGAACAAAAAAAUCCUACUUUGUUUGAGUGAUUGGAAGAAAGUGAUAAAUAAAUGACCCCACCACUAAUCUGCAUAUUUGUUAAUCACUUAUACGUGGCAUGGGAGAGGGAGUCAAAGUGUAUCUCCUUCAUGUUUUCAUGGCCUUCUGGCCCUUAUUAAUAAACACAAAACAUUGUUUAGGAAUAUCCCUUGUUCAAAAAAAAAAGCUGUGGAAGACAAGUUAUUUGAUUUGGUUUUGAAAAGGAUGUUUCUGUUCUUGAGUGAGAAGUGAAAAGAAUCAUUACAAUAUUGUUUGGCUGAUAUUUCAGUCUGCAUUUGGCUUCAGUUCAGUUUCUCCUUUAUGUUUUUAAUUGACUCUCCAGUUUAUUGAUUUUCUAAACAUUACAUGGUAUGAACGGCAUCUUACUGGUUUUGUUUAUUUAUUUAACAGCAUCUUAAAAUGUUUGAUCUGUGAAAACAAAGUAAAACUUUUGCCUUUCUAAUCUACUGA